CAACUGAAGAGCCACGUCUUUUGUAAUUAAAAGAUCUAUUAAGACAAAUAAUUUCGUCGAGAAUUGAUUUUAAAUGAUUGCCGUCAGGAUUGGCUUGGGUAUCCUGUGCAACUUGUAACGAAGCAGCACUUUUAAUACAGGUGUGUGUUUGUUGCACCUCAGCAUGGCUGUGGUCAUCCGUUUGCAGGGUCUCCCCAUUGUGGCUGGGACCAUGGACAUACGACAUUUCUUCUCUGGAUUGACCAUCCCGGAUGGUGGUGUGCAUAUUGUAGGGGGCGAACAUGGUGAGGCUUUUAUCGUGUUCGCCACAGAUGAAGAUGCAAGGCUUGGGAUGAUGCGCACAGGGGGGGCAAUCAAGGGCUCCAAGGUGUCUCUGUUACUGAGUAGCAAAACCGAAAUGCAAAACAUGAUUGAGCUAAGUCGUAGGCGUUUUGAAUCUGGAAGUGCAGAGGUUGCCACAGGAAAUGGCAGUAGGCCAGGUCCACCGGUGAGCACUGGUGGAAGUGGAAGAGGCAACUUGUCAACCACUGCACAAAGCUUUAGCAAUACAACUGCAACUACAUCCACUACAGCAGUCUCGGCACAUGAGUCUGCCAGCAACAAGACAGUCCCUACAUUUUCAACCACUACCAUGGGAAGCAUGCCCCCAAACUUUAAUAAUUUCAGUAGCCCAAAUCUUAGCUUGGGCUCCACUAUGACAACUGCUAUGUCAUCCAUGAACUCUGUACCUCCCCCUAUACCUCCUCUGCCCACCAUGCCAACUUUGCCUCCGAUGCCUCCCAUGCCAGUACCACCACCAAUAUCCACACUGCCUCCAAUGCCAGCUGCUAAUCCCCUAACGUCAGUGCCUCCAGUCCCUCCCAUUUCACACAUACCACAUCUCUCUACCCUUCCUCCAUUUAACCCAGGUGUCCCUCCUCCAGUUGGAGUUGGUAGUUUAGCUUCUGGUCCAUUGUCUCUCGGAAAUCCAAAUUCGAUGUUCCUAAAUCCCCUGAACCCGCUAAACCCCCUCAACCUUCAACAUAAUUUCAAAUCAGCACCAACAAACCCAGAUGAGUUGUAUGUUUAUCUACAUGGGCUUCCUUUUUCAGUCAAUGAAGGUGAAGUUAGAGAUUUUUUUCAGGGACUUGGUCUCGAGUCAGUUCGUUUGCUUAGAGACAACUUGGGAAGAAAUAAUGGCAGGGCAUUGGUAAAAUUCUAUUCACCUCAAGAUUCUUUUGAGGCUUUAAAAAGGCAUUCAGGAAUGAUAGGGCAAAGAUUUGUUCAAAUUUCUCCAGCUACAGAGAGACACUGGAGAGAAAGCGCAAACACAGUAAAUGCCAAAGCAGCUAGUGACGCAGAAUUUAAUAGACAUCGUCGCGGAAGUACCAACUCGUCUUCACCCUCCGGCCGGGAACGAGCUAGGUCUCGUUCCCCCCAUAACUCCGAGUUCUGUGUGUAUUUGAAAGGACUCCCGUAUGAGGCAGAGAACAAGCAGAUCUUUGAGUUUUUCAAAAAUCUUGAGAUAGUUGAAGACAGCAUUUACAUUGCAUAUGGACCCAAUGGCAGGGCAACUGGUGAGGGAUUUCUGGAGUUCAGAAAUGAAAAUGACUACAAAGUUGCCCUUGGAUGCCACAUGCAGUACAUGGGUAGUCGAUUUAUACAGGUGCACCCCAUUACAAAGAAAAACAUGUAUGACAAGAUAGAUGGCAUUCGCAAACGAUUGCAGGGUGAUCACAAAGGUUCGGAAGGAGGAAAAAAUGCAAAGAUUUGCGCUCACAUAACAAACAUCCCCUAUAACGUGACAAAAAAAGAUGUCCGUCUGUUUCUUGAUGGCAUUCAGCUCUAUGAGGAAAGUCUUAAGGUGCUAGUUGACGCUAAUGGUAAUGGUCUUGGUCAGGCUAUUGUGCAGUUUAAGACUGAAGAUGAUGCACUUAAAGCUGAGAGACUGCAUAGGCAGAAAUUAAAUGGCAGAGAUGCUUUUGUGCAUUUAAUAACUUGUGACCAGAUGAAAGAGGUUGAGAGAAAUCCUCCUUCACAGUCUAAAAGAGGACAGAAAUCCCAAGGCAAUUCCCACGCCCAUGCACACCUACAGGCCCCGCCCCAAGUGCUACAACCCCCACAUGCUUUUCCAGGUAUGACAGCCGACGAGUUCGGCUUUCUCAGGAAUGCUGUUGGAACUUUUGCCAAUGGUCCCCCAUUCGUAAACCCUUUCGCAGCCCCAGGUAACGGACUAGCAGGUCCACCACCUUUGCCGCCACUUGGGGCAGCCUUGGGCGACGUCUCGCUUACUGUUCCCUUACCAAGUCCUGUUUUAGAGCACCCUGGUUUCAGACCUGGUGGCAAUGGUGUGCCAACUGGCUUUGUUGGUGGGCCAGAGGCCUUAAGGGGUAUGCCGCCUUUUGAUAACGGAGCAUCGCGUAAAACAGCAGGCCAAAAUCGUGGCGGGAGCCAAGGUCAGAGGCCAGCCUCCGAAAACCUUAGAGGACCAUCCAGCGGUGGUCCAGGUAAUUCACGGCCUACUAUUGUCAAAAUUCAAAACAUGCCCUUUACUGUCACAGUUGAUGAGAUUAUAGAUUUCUUUUAUGGCUAUCAAGUGCUGCCUGGUUCUGUCUGUUUACAAUUUAAUGAGAAGGGUUUGCCCACUGGGGAAGCAAUGGUUGCUUUUGAGUCCCAUGAUGAAGCAACGGCUGCUGUUAUGGACCUAAACGAUAGGCCCAUUGGGGCGAGGAAAGUCAAGAUUACUUUGGGGUGAAAAACAUCCUUUGAUGCAGUUUUCUAAAUAUCUGAUCUAGUUGUUUUUAUGCACAGAAAAAGAAACUGACAAGUAUUAGAUUUUUUCCUGGAUAUGUAAAAGAUUGUGGACGUUACAUGAAGCAUGAUACAACUGAGUCCAAUGUUUCUUUUAAAUGCCUAUUCGAGCUUUGUGAUAAAGACUUCAAGCAAAUCAUGAGUUAACUUAUUACACAUCUGCUAACCUGAAAUGUGGCGUCUUUGUAGUAGUAGAAGUAGUAGAGGCUAUAAGCUAUGCUGGUGCAUAUAAGUUGGCAAGUAUGCUUAACUCUGAGAAUUUAUUUUGUGUAUCUGCUCAUGUUUGAACAUUUUACUCUAUAUAAUGUUUCAUCUUGCUGCAUCCAUGCAUUUUUUUCUGAUGUACAAACCAAGUGCUGCCAAGCAUUUUGUGCAUAUCCACACUUCAUUUAAAAUGUUUGCCUCUGCUUAAAGUUUUAUUCUCUGUCAAUAAAAUGCAAAUGUGAGUGUAUUCUGAAUAUCUGUUGCUGUCACACCGCUGAGAUGUCAAAUCAAUUCUUUACUGUAAAUACUAAGCGGGUUCAUCAAGCAAACGCGGCAUUGUAAUGUUAUGUAUAUGAAUGCAUUUAACUGUCUUUGCUCUCUUCACAAUGUGUGCUGUGGUGUUUAAUACGUUUCAUUUCUUUUUUUGAAAGCUUGGUUUUUUUUAGUGUUGCUGAAUUGGACGAGUUAUUAUUAGUUUAUUUUGACUUUCCAGCGCUUGUUUCCCUUGUAAAUACUUUCCAGCUGAACUAUUUUGUCAAUAAAAUGCCAUUCCUGAAA